AUGGUCCCCUUACCAAGUCUAGAGGAGUUAGAAGUCGACUUCAAGAGUCUUGUAGUGAUGUCAAAUUCAGUAGAAGGUACACCUGAAAAUGAGCUGGGCGACAAAGAAUCCUGGAGCGACGAACUUACUGAGCCCAAUUCCAGCGCCACUAGUCCCCGUAUUGACCCUAACAUUGUUCUCUACAGUCAUAUUGCAUUUCUCUACGAGCAGAGGAAAUUUUAUGAGCUUCUUGCUUCCAUUCCAAAUAUCAAUACCAACAGUCUGUUACCACUGGAGAUCCAUUUAAUGCUUGCCUGUACUCUUUUUAGGCUCGGAAGAAUCACGGGUGGAUUAAGGGAGAUGUCCUUGGCUAUUGAGUUGGAACCUAUCUAUUACAAAAGAGAGAAAUAUAUCAAGACACUCAGUCAAUUCUUCAACAAAAUUGGCAUGAAGGAAGAAGCUGUGUCUUGUUUUGGAGAGAUCAUCCAUAUGGCCAAAGCUGAGGCUCUAAAAAAAAAUGACGGUGAACAUGGGCAGCAGAUGAGUCUAAAGCUCAGAAGAUACCAAGAAGAAUUGGAAGCCUUGUUAAGAGGAGAUGAUGAAGAAGAAGUAGUUAUGGUUGUUGAAGAUUGUUCAAAUCUCAGCUUGGUAGAACAAGCAAAACGGUACCUUUCAGCUAAUGGAAUGAUUCCAAAAAUGUCCAUGGUUACUGAUUGUAUGGCAGUACUGGACUUAUUGGGAAAAGCUAAUAAAGCUUUGGAAGAAUGGAAUGACGAAGUAGACAAACGACCUGCAAGUGAUAUCUUGAACUGGAUAUUUGAUGCCGUGAAGUAUCUUGCUCCACUAAGCUUGUUCGAUGAGGUUUACCAGAUUCUACCGUUGUUGGAGACAUUUAUGAAUUGGGAGAUGUGCCGAUUCCCUGAAAUUGAUUACGGUAUGGACCCGAUUAAGUUUGCCAGGAAACUCAGAACUUGGGGUAUAUCUAACAAGACUGGCAUUCGUAGUUUGUGCUGUAUAAUAGUAAAGCAUAAAGUAGUAAUGGCACAUAUCGAGUACUACAAGAAGAACUACUCUGCUGCUAUAAUUCACUUUACUUGGGUCUUCAAGGUGAUGAAACGUCUUGAGAGAACAGUGCCCAUUAUCCAAACCCCAGUUGGUUGUCUAAGUUUGGAAACCAAGCAAGUGGUCUUACUUUACUUGUGCAAUUGUUAUUGCUUGGAUCCAGCAUAUUCGAACUCGAAGCUCCCGCAUGUCAUUACCCAGAUGGCCACACUCGAGAGCCCUCCCGACUCAACAUACGGCCGUAGUUGUAAGUACUUCACUUUCCUUGGAUACGCUUAUGAAAAACUAGCCUACAACGAAGCCCAAAGUAUUAUGAUUUGGAAGAAUGGAACUGGGACAAGUGCUUUCAGGUUGAAACAGAGUCACAUUAUGGAUAUGCUCAGGAAAUACAUCCUCGCCACAGCAAACGGCCUAGAUGAUGACCCCUCAGUACUUGAAGUUUAUGAUAGGAUAAUAUGGGGGAUUCUUGUUCAUGGAGGUAUUCAUCUCAGAACCCUUUGGUUCUUCAUUGUGUUGAAAAACUAUUUCUAUCUUGAGUUCGAUUUUGGGUGUUUUCAAUUAUCAAAGGGACAUAGAUACCUUCAAUUUGAGAUUAAUCGGAUCCUUGAUUUCUUCGUCAACGGAUGGGAGAUAGUUGACAAAUGCAAGGAUCUCUGUUCAGAUAUCGAAGGAUUCGAAAGCGAUGACAUCUGGAAUGUCGACCAUGGCAAUCUCUACUUAAUCCCUCAAAUCUAUGUGACUCUGAAGAGCCUUGUUCUUAUGAACGAACAAUAUGACGACAGACUAGAUGUCAAUUCAUUUGUCUAUAUGUCCAAAUAUCAGAUUAAACCAAAGAUCAAGUCAUGCUUCAAAAGAACGAAAGAGACAUCUAUAUACAAGGAACGUAUAGAUGCCAGUCAGGAGUUGAUUCAUCUCUGGUGUACUGCUUAUCGGGAACAUCAUCAUACCAUUCCCGGAAUUAUCUCUGAUUUAGUUGUUUAG